ACUGCUAUAAAAACCGAGUAGCCUAACUGGAAAACAGUAACAGCAAGACAGUAGAGGGUUGCUUUUUCGAAUAUUUUGAACACAACUUUGACGGAGUUGACUGGUAUCGUGUGUUUACUUGGUAACUUUUGAAACAGAACAAAUAUGAGUUUUGUGGAAGUGAAGAAUCUGGAGCCCACCACAUUUGAGGAACAUUACUACGACGAAUAUGAAUAUUACAACCUAACCGACCGUUAUUCUGGUGGCGCCAGUCGCAAGGGGCGGAGCAAACGCGAAGCCAGCUGUAACACCAACAAACCAAACCCUGCUGGCCACGAGAGGAAGAUCACCGAAAAACUCCGUAACACCGAGAAGCGAUCUAAAGAGUGAAGGGGCCAGGAAAUGAGUAUCGGACAGCUAACCCUGGUAACGGACCAUGGCAACCCGAGUGGCUGAUGAAGAGUGGACGCAGAUGGCAGGGCCAAAGAGCAAAGGAACGAACAGCAGAUUUGGAGAAACAAAUCAUGGCUAUUCAAAAGUCCUGGCGAAGCCAAGUCCUCUGACCUAGAGAUGCGCUAUGUGCAUUGUAUGAGUGGAGUUGAGCUAUCCUCCUCGUUGAUGUGGAACCCAAUGCACUUAUUUCAGUGUGAUAUGUACUUUAAUUCAGUACUUAUUAAUAUUAAACUGAAACAAUAUGCUAGAAAAGGAUACCGUGUCCAAAAAAGCAUUUGAACUUACAUGUAUUAAUGAUGACAAAUAAAUGAUUGAAGAGAAAA